AUGGCGUUAGCUAUUCCCGAAGGCGACAUCCCUCCUGUUGAAGAAUACGAUCCUGAAGCAGAGGAUCGAGAUGAAUCGUUCGUGGAGAAGCUUGCCCAAGAUUUCACUGAAGCUGAAGAGCCAAUCCUUCACGAUGUUUACCCAGAUAGCGACGACGAAGCUGGAGAACAUCGUGGUGGUGGAGACAGAGGGACACACAUCAACCGUGGAGAUGGGACGAUGUACGUAGGGCAAAAGUUCUUCAAUGGGAUCGCGUUCAAGGAAUGUGUCACUGAUUAUGCAUUGCUAACAGGCUACAAUUUGAAACAAUACAGGUACGAUAGGGAUAGACUCGGGUUUAGGUGUGUAGGUGCUAAGGGUAAAUGCGAGUGGAAAGUGUAUUGUGCAUCUUUGCAAAAUGAGUCAAUGUGGAAGGUUACACGAUACAACAAUAAGCAUAUCUGUGUUGCUAAUGGAGAAUGUGAGAUGUUUAAGGUGCCAGUUAUAGCAAGGCUGUUUCUUGACAAGAUUAGAGAAGAUCCUGAGUAUUACAUGCCUCAGAAGAUGGAACAGAUUAUAAUGGAGAAGUGGAAGAUUUCGGCUACUAGACCUCAGUGUCAAGCUGCUCGGAGAAAGGCCUUGGCUUGGAUUGAGCUGGAGUAUGAUAGUCAGUUUGCACGUCUAAGGGAUUAUGCAGCUGAGAUAUUGGAAGCAAAUCAAGGGUCUAUUGUGGAGGUUGACACGAUUAGGAAUGAAGCUGGCCAGGACAUUUUUAACCGCUUCUAUGUGUGCUUUGAUGUGUUAAGGAGAACUUGGAAAGAGAGUUGUAGGCCACUAAUUGGAGUGGAUGGUUGUUUCUUGAAAUCAAAGAUCAAGGGUCAGUUAUUGGUGGCAUUAGGAAGGGAUGCAGACAAUGCUAUUUAUCCAAUAGCAUGGAGUGUUGUUCAGGUUGAAAACACUGACAAUUGGCAAUGGUUUGUCAAGAGACUGAAGAUUGAUCUUGACUUAGGAGAUGGGGAUGGUUUCAUCAUGGUUUCUAACCGUCAAAAGGGGUUGAUUAAGGCUGUGGAGUUAGAGUUACCAAAUAUUGAGCAUCGUAAAUGUGUCAGGCACAUUUAUGGAAAUUUAAAGAAGAAUCACCCCAAUAAAAAACAGAUGAAGAAGCUCUUAUGGGACUUGGCAUGGAGCUACAACACUAGACAAUAUGAGGAGAGAUUGGAGAGGAUUCAUGCUUAUGAUUCAAAGGUGCAUGAGGAUGUCCUGAAGACAAAACCCAAGACAUGGUGCAGGGCAUUUCACAAGGUUGGUAAUUACUGUGAGGAUGUGGAAAACAAUUCCACAGAAUCUUUCAACAACACAAUAAACAAGGCAAGAGAGAAGCCUUUUGUGGCAAUGUUAGAGAUGGUAAGAAGGCUUGCAAUGGUUAGAAUUGCCAAGAGGUCAGCCAUUUCUCAUGAUCACAAAGGCCUUUGUACACCUUAUGUGACUAAGUUUCUGGCUAAGGAGCAUAAGAAAGCUUCUGAGUGCAUUGUGAGCAGCAGCACAAACGGCAUGUAUGAAGUUCACUUAGAUUAUGAUAAGCAUAGAGUUUGUUUGAGGAGUAUGACUUGCACAUGUAGGAAGUUUCAGAUCUGUGGAAUCCCUUAUGAACAUGCAUAUGGAGUUAUAUUGAAGAAGACUCUACAGGCUGAAGACUACGUUUGUCAAUGGUUCCGAACCUCUAAAUGGCAGCUCAACUACAGAGAAGGGUUGAUUCCUCAACGAGGUCCACGGUUCUGGCCUUCAACUCAAACUGACAUGGUGUAUGCUCCUCCAAGUGAUGACAGUAAGAUGACCAAGGCAGACAAGAAGAGAAAGAAAGGAGUCAAUGAGUCUCUAACCAAGAAGCAACCAAAACAAAAGAAGAGAAUCAUGCAUUGUGGGAUUUGUGGUGCAGCAGACCACAAUUGCAGGUUUCACAGGAAGAAGAACAAUGCAACACAGGGAACUCAAGGUGAAGUGUCUACACAAGGUGAAGUGUCUACACAACCUUCUCAGCCUUGUUUGACCCAAGAGAACUGA